AUGACAGAGCAACUGAACGAGUGUAACAUCAAAGUGAUGUGCAGAUUCCGGCCUCUGAAUCACUCGGAAACCUUGAGAGGAGACAAGUUCAUUCCCAGGUUCCGGGAAGAUGAUACAGUGGUCAUUGCGGGUAAGUCGUAUGUUUUUGACCGCGUCUUCCCCACCAACACCACGCAGGACCAGGUCUACAAUUCCUGCGCCAAGCAGAUCGUCCGAGAUGUCUUGGGCGGUUACAAUGGCACCAUCUUCGCCUACGGACAGACAUCUUCGGGGAAGACCCACACCAUGGAGGGCUUGCUGCACGACACCCACCUGAUGGGGAUCAUCCCUCGGAUUGCGCACGACAUCUUUGACCACAUUUAUUCCAUGGACGAGAACCUGGAGUUCCACAUCAAGGUGUCCUACUUUGAAAUUUACAUGGAUAAGAUCCGUGACUUGUUGGACGUUGCAAAGACCAGCCUUUCUGUACAUGAGGACAAGAACCGGGUGCCCUUUGUGAAGGGCUGCACAGAGCGUUUCGUUUCCAGCCCGGAGGAGGUGAUGGACGUCAUCGACGAGGGGAAAUGCAAUCGCCAUGUCGCAGUCACAAAUAUGAAUGAACACAGCUCCCGGAGUCACAGCAUCUUCCUCAUCAACAUCAAGCAGGAGAAUAUGGAGACCGAGCAGAAACUGAGUGGGAAACUCUACCUCGUGGACCUGGCCGGCAGUGAGAAGGUCAGCAAGACCGGAGCGGAGGGGGCGGUGCUGGACGAAGCCAAGAACAUCAACAAGUCUCUGUCGGCGCUGGGCAAUGUCAUAUCGGCCCUGGCGGAGGGAACGAAAACGCAUGUACCCUAUCGGGAUAGCAAGAUGACACGGAUUCUUCAAGACUCUCUGGGAGGCAACUGCAGAACCACCAUCAUCAUCUGCUGCUCUCCAUCAAAUUUCAACGAUGCAGAGACAAAGUCAACGCUAAUGUUUGGCCAAAGGGCCAAGACAAUCAGGAACACAGCCUCCGUCAACCUGGAACUGACAGCGGAGGAGUGGAAGAAGAAAUACGAGAAGGAGAAAGAGAAGAACAAGACUCAUAAGGAGACCAUUCGUCGCCUGGAGACCGAGCUCAACAGGUGGCGGAACGGGGAGAACGUGCCGGAAAGCGAGCAGCUGCCCGAGAAGGAGGAGCCGUGUGAGGUGACCCCGGUGGCCGACAACUCGUCCAUAGUCAUUCACAUCUCGGAAGAGGAGAGGCAGAAGUACGAGGAAGAAAUCCGGAAGCUCUACAAAUACCUGGACGACAAGGAUGAUGACAUCAACCUGCACAGCCAGAUUGUGGAGAAGCUGAAGUGUCAGAUGCUGGAUCAGGACGAGACAACACUGAUAACACUGGAAGCCGAGCUCCACCAUGCUCAAGAGCUCAGUAACCACCAAAAGAAGAGGGUUGCUGAGGUGCUGAAUACCCUGCUCAAGGACCUGAGUGACUUCAAUAAUAUCGUUGGAAAUGCAGAGUGGAAAGUGCCCGUGGAGUUCAGUGGUGCUCUCGAAGAGGAGUUCACAGUGGCUCGGCUCUACAUCAGCAAGAUGAAGUCGGAGGUGAAGACCCUGAUGAAGCGAUGCCGUCAGCUGGAGGACACGCAGAGCGAGUGCAACAGGAAGAUGGAGGAGAACUGCCGGGAGCUGUCCUCCUGCCAGCUCCUCAUCUCACAGCAUGAAGCUAAAAUCAGGUCCCUGACAGAGUGCAUGCACAACCUGGAGCUGAGAAAGCGGCAGCUGGAGGAAGCCUACGAUGCACUGAGUGAAGAGAUGGCCCAACUUCAGGCACAAGAGACAGUGAAUGGAGCAGCCAGCAAGGAGGUCGAUCAGGUGAACGUACCACAUGAAAAUGAAGAAGUGAAGAAAGCCCUGGAACAACAGAUGGAGAACCAUCGCGAUAACCACCAGAAGCAGCUGGCUCGACUGCGCGAUGAGAUUGAGGAGAAACAGAAGACCAUCGAUGAACUGAAGGACUUGAACCAGAAGCUGAACCUGGAGUUGGAGAGGCUGCGUGCCGACUACGCCAAGUUGAAAAGUGAGCAGCGGGAAAAAAGCAAGAAGCUCCAGGAGCUUACAUUUCUCAAUGACAAACACGAGCAAUCCAAGCAGGAUCUUAAAGGUCUUGAGGAGACUGUCGCGCGAGAACUCCAAACUCUUCACAACCUACGUAAACUUUUUGUUCAAGACCUCACCACACGAGUCAGAAAAAGUACAGAGCUGGAACCGGACGAUAGCGGAGGGAGCGUCUCUCAGAAGCAGAAAAUCUCGUUUCUUGAGAACAACCUGGACCAACUUACUAAAGUUCACAAACAGCUGGUUCGUGACAAUGCAGAUCUUCGCUGUGAGCUUCCAAAGCUGGAGAAGCGACUUCGGGCUACGGCUGAGAGAGUCAAGGCGCUGGAGGGUGCACUGAAGGAGGCCAAGGAAGGGGCCAUGAAGGACCGCAGGCGCUACCAGCUGGAGGUCGACCGCAUCAAGGAGGUCGUGCGCUCCAAGAACAUGCCAAGGCGAUCGCACUCCGCCCAGAUCGCCAAGCCUGUCCGUCCGGGCCAGCAACCUUCCUCCUCCCCGGUCAGCACCCAUGGCAGCCGCCACUCAGACUCCUGCGCCUACAGCAACACCCUGUUCCAGUCCUGCCACCCGACAAUGUACAUGUCCGGCCUGUCGGAGCGUUCCAGAGACAAAUACUCUCUGACUGGAAGUUGCUCCAGCGGAACGAUGUCCCCCGGAGAUAGCUUCAGUCUGUACCCAAGACAGAUCGUGGACAACGAAGCGAGUCGCACUGCAGUUGUGAAGCCAAGGAAAAGUCAAAACUCUACGUCUUCCAGCAGGAGACAGCAGCCAGCUAAUGGCCAGGCUUCGAGUGCAGAUCCCGGGAUGGACGCUUCGAGACAGCGGCUGACUCUGCUCCUGAACCCAUUGUCUGAGUUCUCCAGCUCCCACUGCUCCCUGUUACUUUGA